AUGUGUAUGUUAGGUUGCCUACAUCGCUGUGCGCUUUUCAUCAAUGAAAAUCAUAUGAGAAUAGAAGUGGGAUCAUUGGUAAACAAAAACCACAAUAAUGUCAGAAGUUAAAGCAGUUAUCGCUCUGCUAUGCAAGUAUCUUUGUGAUACUGUUGAUGCAACGAUCAAACCUGAGCAUUUUCGAUUUGCAAAGUACCAAAAGGAUACGGAUGACACUGUAAUUGAACUUUGGAGACUCUUAUGCCAAUUGUGUUUUUACGCUCGAAAAUCAAUGCCUGGAAAUAUUGUUUUUAGCGAUUAUGAUGAUGUUACUUUGGUCAAAUUACAUUUUGCAUACCUGCAAUAUCCAGUCUCUGAGUUCUAUGCAUUGCCAUUGGAUUGCCAAGGAUCCAGCCGUGAAUUGCUACUUGCUUUUGCAUGGCUUGUAGCAACUCAAAAUGUCCUCACCAUUGCGAUUAAUGAAAAAAUUUCAAGCAGCAUCUUAUCAGAGGAAUUCUCAAAUACUUGGAAUUCCCCCAAGGCUAAUAUCUGUGAACAUGAAAAAUGCUUAUCGAAAAAGAGUCAGUUGAAUAGAAUGGUUUAUGCCUGUGGAAAAAUAAAUUACAACCUGAAGGCAAUAUCCGAAUUAGUUAGAGAAAAAGUUAAGUUGACCACAAAGGUACAUGCUGCCAGUAUAAAUGUUUGUGGUCUGCCCCAUCUAAGUGUCUCUGAACUGGCACUAACAAAACGACUUGCUCUUGAAAAUUCUGCCAAUGAUCAAAGACGUAUGCACGAACUACAUGAGUUAACAUCUGUACUAGACACUCAUAUGAAGUGGGAAAGCAGGAGACACAUUUUCUUUGACUGGAUGGUCACAGUCAUUGAAGAGGAAAAAGGAUCCCAAAAGAAAGCUCUGCUUGACAGAGAAUCUGAUUGUGAAUUAUCGAAAUUUGUGUGUUUGCUACGUCACAUAGUCAGAAAAAAUUUGCAUAACUUGAAGCAUGAUACUGAAACAUUGAAUUAUUUGCCACCAAGAUCAAGUUGUGUUUCACGAUUCUUGAGAACGCAGUUGAAUAGCAGUGGGACCGAAACAUGGCUCUGUGAAGCAAAAGAAGAGUUUGAAAUAGAGGAAGACAUAACAAAUAAAAAAAUUGUCAAAUUAACUCAUCAGCUGAAGAAAAUGCUCAAAUUAAUACCACAUUGCGUUCAAGUGUAAUUUUUUAGAUAGUGAUAGUAAUUCGACCAAGCAGUAUUGGAAAAGUGGUGAUGGAGGCGAGAACUAUUCCUUAGUCCCAAAUUGACUGGGUCUAUGGUUCCUAAAAAUGAUAGAAUUAGUUUAAUUGUGGAAAUCAUUUACAAACUUUCUUUCAAAUGAAGCGAUUCCCGAUAAAUGUACACAUAAAAUCCUUAGACACAUGCAAAUUAUUAUUCAAUGAAUCAUUUCCAAACCGAAUUGAAAAAUACGCUUGAUUAAAGUUAAAAAUAAAUGUGAUCUGAUUAAUUUAUGCAUACAGUAAUAAAAGAAUAUCUGAACAUGACUUUGGGUGAUAGUUCAUAAAUAUGAAAAAUUAAAAUUAGAAUACACGUUUGCAGUGCUGUGACUCACUUGUGUUCAAAGAACAGGUAAAGGUGCAAAAUGAACUUUGGAAUCUCCAAAGAAUAUGACUGUAUAAAGGCAUGGUAUCUUCAAAUAUCAGCUUAAAGGUAAUCUAAAUUUCACCAAUGAUUCAUUUCUCCUAUAGAGACUAUUAGCAAGUCAAAUUUUUAAAAUGUAGAUUUUUAUCUCUGGCGAUCAUGUCGGUAGACAAAAGUUGUCCAUACAAGUAAUAUGCAUAUUUGUUUCAAUAACAUUGAUAUGCGUGCUUCAAGAUAGUGAGGUAUAUAGUUGAACAAAAGUCAUUGGAGGUUCCCAAAGGCAUUGGCAAACAGAGAUGACCAUAAGCCUAUGCUCUGGAUGUGUUAAAUAUUAUCACAUGAAUUCAUGAUUGGAAAUAUGCUUCGCAUUAUUUAAAUCAGUCCAAUGGUUAUGCAUAAUUCAUUUCAAAAACUACUCUAAAAAUAUUAAAAUUUGCUGAUUUCCGAACUGUAUUUCCACGUCAGGCCAGUCGGUGAGUUUCAAAUAAUAUAUGUCAAGUGUACUAAGGAUAUGUGUUAAAUUUAUAUCACAGCCAAACUCCAGUUAUUCAUAAAGAAAGAAAAUUGAAUCAAUACUCCCUUGUCC